CCCCCGGCCUUCCUGCCAGAUCCCCGCCCAGACGCGCCCGCGGUGUCACAUGACACCCGCCCCGCCGCUGGCCAAUCCUCUUCCUCCCGGCGUCACGUGGACUCUCCUCGCUGUCACCUGCCUGUUGGCUUGUUCCGAGCUGGAGAAUCCGGAUAGCCGACGCGCCGGCGGGCGACUGAGGCGGGAAUGGCUGCUGUGCUGCAGCGCGUCGAGCGGCUGUCCAAUCGAGUCGUGCGUGUGUUGGGCUGUAACCCGGGUCCCAUGACCCUUCAGGGUACCAACACCUACCUAGUGGGGACCGGCCCCAGGAGAAUCCUCAUUGACACUGGUGAACCAGCAAUUCCAGAAUAUAUCAGCUGUUUAAAGCAGGCUCUAACUGAAUUUAAUACAGCAAUCCAGGAAAUUGUAGUGACUCACUGGCACCAAGAUCAUUCUGGAGGCAUAGGAGAUAUUUGUAAAAGCAUCAAUAAUGGCACUACCUAUUGCAUUAAAAAACUCCCAAGGAAUCCUCAGAGAGAAGAAAUUAUAGGAAAUGGAGGGCAACAGUAUGUUUAUCUGAAAGAUGGAGAUGUGAUUAAGACUGAGGGAGCCACUCUAAGAGUUCUGUAUACACCUGGCCACACUGAUGAUCAUAUGGCUCUACUCUUAGAAGAGGAAAAUGCUAUCUUUUCUGGAGAUUGCAUCCUAGGGGAAGGAACAACAGUAUUUGAAGACCUCUAUGAUUAUAUGAACUCUCUAAAAGAGUUAUUGAAAAUCAAAGCUGAUAUUAUAUAUCCAGGACAUGGCCCAGUAAUUCAUAAUGCUGAAGCUAAAAUUCAACAAUACAUUUCUCACAGAAAUAUUCGAGAACAGCAAAUUCUUACAUUACUUCGUGAAAACUUUGAGAAAUCAUUUACAGUAAUGGAGCUUGUCAAAAUUAUUUACAAGAAUACUCCUGAGAAUUUACAUAAAGUGGCUAAACAUAAUCUCUUGCUUCAUUUGAAAAAACUAGAAAAAGAAGGAAAAAUAUUUAGCAACACAGAUCCUGACAAGAAAUGGAAAGCUCAUCUUUAAUUUCAGAUUCAAGAAAGCUUGUUUUAUUUUGCUUUAAGAGAAUGGUAUGUUUUCUUAACUGUAGGUUAUUUAUAGAGAAUAUAAAAGUAUAAAACAUUAAAAAUCACCCUAGAUAUACUUUAAAAUAAUAUUUUGCUAAAAUACGUAAAUUACACUAUAUAGCCAUAUGAUAGGUUAUUUCUCUAACCUUGGUCUUAUAAUAUUUUACCAAAAAUUCAGACUCUAAUAGUUUAUCAGUUUUCAAUGGAUUAUGUAAAAUGGUUACUUUAAAAAUAAUAAAAUUUAUCUAAUUUAAACUUGA